UACAGUGCAUUGUAAUAGUUGUGAAAGAUACAGUACAAAAUAAUCGUUUAUUAGUGAUUUAUAAUAAAUAAUAUUGGAUUGUUUAAACCGAUGCAGCAGAUAUGAGUGGCAAGCUGAAGUGAAGUGAACCACCUCAUGAUGGCAGUGAAUAGUCCUGGUGGAUAUCCUCCCGUAUCCCCUAAGCCCCUAACUCCAAAAAGUCCUCGCCAUUUCGUUUUCCCCCAAAAAAGUCCCUCCAUAACAUCAAGCACCUCCUCAUCAGGAUACUAUACUCCGCAAUCAGGCUGUAGCUAUGACAAACAUAACCAACCACCCAAAUCUCCAAUCGCUCACGGCCAUAGAAGUCCUAUUAGUCCCAGACACUUUAAUUUUCCUCAAAAUCAUUCAGGACGGUCCAGCCCCAGUAAUUUCGACAGAUCUCACGGCCUCCAUUACACCACGUCACUGAAGCAUAGUCGUCGAGAAAAGUCCAGAUCCCCAAAGCCACCACCCGUGCAUAUUCAUACCAAUCCUGGUUACGUAUCACCAAAUCGCACGAGAAAAUUAUAUGGCUCUACUUCCACAGUGAACUCACCAAGGCUGGUUACCUCUCCAAGCAUAGUGUCGAGUCAUACUGAUGAUUCGACAGAUGCGAUGCCCGGUACUCCUUCAGCAAUAAUCCAUGACGCUGAUGAUGAAGCAACUACCACCUCCUCGAGGAUCUGUAGGAAGUCCACAUCAGAUCUCACAGAUAUGACGGACGAUACGCCGCAGACUAGGUCGACCAGCGUUAGCAGACCGUGUUCCCCAAUGAGACGAGGAUCUAUGAAAGGUGGUUUGGCAUACUUAGCUAGUAGAAGAGGUUCGAGGGAGUCCACGAUGUCGAAUUGCGAUUCAGUGGAAGAUAUCGGCCCCUUAAACUUUCAAAAUACAAUGCGUGGCCGACAAAGAAGAACGUCGAACUUUCUUGAAUUACCAGUUGUGGAACACUCCAGACCAAGAGUGUGUUCACUGCCCGAGAAGCCGUACAACCCGCGACUCUCCGACGACCUGUACAGGCUACGGACCUUCUCCAUCACCACCAAAGGGGGCGUCGUCAAUUGCGGCGACUCCAUCUGCAACCGCAGAAGUCGCUCCAAUACUUCAGUCAAUUCUACUAAUAGCAGAGCAUCAGACAGAUCGCCAUUUGAUGGUUCCUGCUGUUCGGGGUACCGGCCUGUAGACUCCGCCAGUCUCACCACGCCUGAUGAAGACGACCUGGAUGCGAUACCAAAAUACAGGGUGGUGUUACUAGGAGAUGCAGGUGUCGGGAAAACUGCACUCGUGUCCCAAUUCAUGACGUCAGAAUAUAUGAACACAUACGACGCUAGCUUGGAUGACGAAUUCGGUGAAAAAUCCGUGUCGGUGCUGCUAGAUGGAGAAGAGUCUGAGCUAAUAUUCAUUGAUCACCCCAGCACUGAAAUGUCGGUGGAAAAUUGUCUGUCAACUUAUGAACCUCACGCAUGCGUCAUCGUCUACUCCGUUGUGGCCAAGAGUUCGUUUAUCAGAGCUGGCGAGCUACUCUCAUACUUGGCGAGAGAACAAUUCACAGCUGACAGAACUGUGGUGCUGGUGGGGAAUAAGGCGGAUUUGGCACGAGCAAGACAAGUAUCGACCAAUGAGGGGAAGGCUAUGGCGACAACCAAAGACUGCAAGUUUAUAGAAACAUCUUCAGGCAUCCAGCACAAUGUGGACGAGUUACUAGUCGGUAUUCUCAAACAGAUUCGUUUAAAGGAGAGCAGAGAAAAGAAACAGGCAAAAAAACUUGGAAAUAAGGAGGCAAAACCGUCAAAACUGGCCAGUUCAAGAACACAUAUCUCUUUAAGCAUUGCGCGGGAACUACUACAGAAGAUUUGCAUCAACGACAUUUCGAAGUCGAAAUCCUGUGAGAACUUACACGUCCUGUGAACUUCUGCUAUCCUGGUACUGGUACUUUUUAUUUAUAUGAAUGCUGUACUAUUUAUAUUUAAAAUACUUUUCAUAGAUAGAUAGGUACUACUUAUUUGAAAUGGUUAGUUUUAGAUUUACUGAAA